AGGUAUCGCGUUCACAUACUAUUGUCGCACCAAAAGAUCGCAACAGGGGCACAUACAUAUGUCUAGUUCGUUACGUGUCGCAUGAAGAGCGCAGAAAAACAUGUAAACCAAAGCGAAUCAUAACCCCAUUGAUGAGAUUUCUCCUGGCUUGAUUUCUUUAAGAUUUGUUGGAAAUGGCUGAAAAUGGCUCCCCUGAGGGGAGAUCUCUGGCUCUGACGCCUACUUGGUCUGUUGCUUCUGUGUUGAUAAUAUUCGUUGCGGUUUCAUUGCUUGUCGAGCGCUCCAUUCAUAGGCUAAGCUCUUGGCUGGAAAAAUCUCAUAGAAAACCCUUAUUUGAGGCAUUGGAGAAAAUGAAAGAAGAGUUAAUGCUACUUGGGUUUAUUUCUUUGCUUCUGACGGCAUCAUCAAGUGUGAUAACAAAUAUCUGCAUUCCAUCCAAGUUUUAUGAUACCUCUUUUACUCCAUGCAGCCAGUCACAGAUUGAUGAACAUCAUGAGGACACUUCAUCUGAGCAGAGAAAGCUAUAUAUGGUUUAUUCUUUCCCACAUUUGUAUAGGAGGAUGCUUACUGUGAAUAAAAAUACAUGCAAAGAGGGUCAUGAGCCCUUUGUUUCAUAUGAAGGACUUGAACAAUUGCACCGCUUUAUCUUUGUCAUGGCGGUGACUCAUGUAUCUUAUAGUUGCUUAACCAUGUUACUGGCAAUUGUGAAGAUCCACAGUUGGAGAGUCUGGGAAAAUGAUGCUCACAUGGACCGUCACGAUGCAUUCAGUGAUACGACGAAAGAAAAGAUAAUGCAGAGACAAUCUCACUUAGUGCAAUAUCUCUCCUCCAAUCCCUUAACCAGGAGCAAUUUCCUUAUCUGGAUGACAUGUUUCUUUCGGCAAUUUGGGAGUUCUGUUGUUCCUUCUGACUACCUUACACUUCGCAAAGGCUUCAUCACGAAUCACAACCUUUCAUCAAGUUAUGAUUUCCAUAGCUAUAUGGUUCGUUCUAUGGAAGAAGAAUUCCAGAGAAUAGUUGGUGUGAGCGGUCCACUAUGGGGAUUUGUCGUUGCUUUUUUGCUGUUUAAUGUGAAAGGCUCUAACCUAUAUUUUUGGAUAGCAUCUAUUCCUUUUACUCUUGUUCUUUUAGUUGGCACAAAAUUACAGCAUGUUAUUGCAACUUUGACGUUGGAAAAUGCUGGUAUAUCCGGAUUCUUUUCUGGAGCAAAGCUAAAGCCGCGUGAUGAUCUUUUCUGGUUUAAGAAGCCUGAAUUCCUGUUGUCCUUGAUCCAUUUUGUUCUUUUCCAGAAUGCUUUCGAAUUGGCUUCGUUCUUCUGGUUCUGGUGGCAAUUUGGGUAUAAUUCUUGCUUCAUUAGCAAUCAUCUGCUUGUCUAUGCAAGACUAAUCUUGGGGUUUGCUGGACAAUUUCUUUGCAGCUAUAGCACCUUGCCCCUCUAUGCACUGGUAACUCAGAUGGGAACAAACUACAAGGCUGCCUUAAUUCCUCAAAGAAUAAGGGAAACAAUCUAUGGAUGGGGUAAGUCAGCUAGAAGGAAGAGAAGGCUCCGGAUAUUUGCUGAUGAUACCACAAUCAACACAGAAACAUGCACCGUGAUUUCACUUGAGGACGACGACAAUCAUCAUAUUGAUACCCCCAACACUGCCACUGGCUAUGCCACAAUCGAGAUGCAGCCACUUACUGCAUUGAAUGUGUCUGUCUCUGUUGCUAAUGAUAUAUCAUAUGGGGUUGGAACUGCCCGUCUUCGACCCACUCUGUCUCUUUCCUUACCUGUCGCUCAAAACCUCAAUCUCCAAAACCCUUUAAGAAGCUCAUCUUUGCCGAUACAAAGAUAACGUAUAGCUAGUAAACAAAGCUAUAGAAGUACCAUAUAAAUUAGGAUAACAAAUACCAUGAAAGAAGAAGUGUUCAGAAUGUGAGGCUAGAGAUUUGUUUAUAGGAAACUGAGUUAGUAUUCUUAGAAAACAGUACACGAAACUGCUUGCUUUGUAAUUUAUCUCCCAACAAUGCAAGGAAAGUUUAAACUCCAAUUAUAGAACAGAGUUUCCUGAUGUUCUAUAUUUCAUAAGUUUAUUAGAAAAUGAACUCCAUGAUGGAUGUUUUUUUAUUGAGAGCUAGAAGAAAACACUUUCUUUGAGGUAAGGUCUAAGCUCUAAACCAGACCACCAUUGGAUUUCAUGUCCUGAUUUGCUCCCCCACUGGAUUUUAUGUGAUGAUUUUCUGGCAGGACUGGUGGUUCAGGUUCUUCACCCAUUGGAAUAGAUUCAUCUUGGAUCUUAGAGUCGUUAACCGUGCCGACU